UGAUUGUAUUUUUCAACAUUUAAAUUUUUUUUUUAAUCAUUUCUUGUCAUGACACCCCUGUCCAGUAGGGGGAGUCCUGCAUCUGUAUCAUUGAGUUGUGAUCCUGUUAUAUAUGUAAACAAAGAAGCUUCAGCUAGUCAAAGCUACCUGUAGCAACAAGACACUGCACAUAGCUCAACUCUGUUAGACUGUCUUCUCAUGGGCUUUUCUCAACUGUGGUGUCCAAUUUCGUUCACAUAAAUAAUUAAAAAUUGCGUCUUGGUUUUCAAAGUGGACGCUAGCAUGAGCUUUACGUGGGUUUACAAUGUUAGUUAGCCCAUAGGCUAAUGUUUGGAUAACGUUAAGUUAACCUCGUCUCCUCUCAUGGCGCUAACAGCUAAUGUUAGCGACAUUUAUCUUGACUUGUUGAAAGCUAACAGAGAGCUCCUUCGUUAGCUUAGCCAUUAGCAGUGGAUCUGAGACCUUCACUGUUGAGUAGUGUCCGCGGUAUGACUCUCAUUUCUAUUUGAUGGGGCUUUUAAGGAUCAUGAUGCCGCCCAAGAUUCAGCUUCUGGCUCUGCUGGCGUUUGCAGUGACCGUGCUGUUUAUUGAGAACCAGAUCCAGAGACUGGAGGAAUCCAGAACCAGACUCGAACGUACCAUAGCCAGACACGAGGUGGCAGAGGUGGAGCAUCGUCACAAUGAAGAUAUCAUGGGGGAGUUAUCACCACUGGCAGAAAAAGACGACAUGGUCAUCAUCUACAACAGAGUGCCCAAAACGGCCAGCACCUCCUUCACUAACAUCGCCUACGACCUGUGUGGGAAGAACCGUUUCCACGUCCUGCACAUCAACACGACCAAAAACAACCCCGUCAUGUCUUUACAGGACCAGGUGCGCUUUGUCAGAAAUGUCACCUCCUGGAGAGAGAUGAAGCCCGGCUUCUACCACGGCCACGUAGCUUAUCUGGACUUCUCGAAAUAUGGAGUAAAGGCUAAGCCAAUGUACAUAAAUGUGGUACGGGAUCCCAUAGAGCGUCUGGUGUCAUACUACUACUUCUUAAGAUUCGGAGAUGACUACAGGCCCGGCCUUCGACGAAGAAAACAAGGGGACAAAAAGACUUUUGAUGAGUGCGUCUCAUCCGGAGGCUCUGACUGUGCUCCGGAGAAGCUCUGGCUGCAGAUCCCCUUCUUCUGCGGCCACCAUUCAGAGUGCUGGAAUGUGGGCAGUAGAUGGGCUCUGGAAAAGGCCAAAUACAACCUGGUGAAUGAGUACCUGCUGGUUGGAGUAACCGAGGAGCUGGAAGACUUCAUCAUGAUCCUGGAGGCGGCGCUCCCACGCUUUUUCAAAGGAGCCACAGACCUCUACAGAACAGGAAAGAAAUCCCAUCUGCGAAAGACCACCGAGAAGAAGCCCCUCACCAAAGAGACAAUCACUAAGCUGCAGCAAUCCAACAUCUGGAAAAUGGAAAAUGAGUUUUAUGAGUUUGCACUUGAACAGUUUCAGUUUGUACGUGCCCACGCUGUCAGGGAAAAGGACGGAGAACUUUAUGUACUGGCCCAGAGCUUCUUCUAUGAAAAGAUCUACCCCAAAGUGAACUAAAAGUGUAGCCAGAAAAAGAGGGACAAGUGGCUGCACAGAGACUCUAUAAGAAGUCAAAUACACUGGGAGGAAAAGAGAAAAACCAAGUGAUGUUCAUGUUGGUGAAUGCUGGAUUAAUUUCUAGGAUUCAAAUGUUAACCAACCUUGUUAUGAUACAGAAAAGGCCCUUUCAGACUACAGUGGUAUGUCUACUGGGAAUGUGUCUAUUUUUUUUUAAUGAUGUUGCAGCUGUUGAGAGAACUUAACACGGAUAAACCGCCAGUCUGAACUGUGAGAAAGAAUUCCUGUCCAGAGCGGAGCGAAAUAGUUGGUGAAUGUGGUACAUAUCAAAACCCAAACAUGAGCAGCGAUCCAUUUUAUCUAGUAUAACAAGGUCAUGUGUUUGGUUUUUGGGUGGAACCUUGAGAUAAAAAACCACAAACCUCAACUAGUUUCAAGUUUUUCUAUCCGCUGAUAGAUCAGAAAAGAAUCUCAUCUAGUUGAACGUUGAAAACUGAGCUCCUAUUUCUUUCUUUCUUUUCUUUUUUCUUUGCACACUACAUUUUAUGUGCGUCAGUACGUUUACAAAAACAGAUAAUAUAACUGUUAAAAAACAAGAAAAAAAAUCAAUGCUGCAUUUACACAGUCUGUAUUAACAUGGAGCGAACAUGAUACAUUUUUUGGACCAAAUGGUAGCAAAAGAAAAUGGAACGGACCAUUGCAUCCUUUUGGUGCGUGACUAGUACUUUUUUAUCCCUCUGAGAUGUUCUCAAUUUUUAGACGUUACAGCAUCGAAUCAGUAUUUUAUCACAGAGAAAUGAUGAUGUGCAUCUUUGAUAUAAUGGGACAGCUGCGGUUUUUUAGCUUAUGAAAGGACCACAGCUGGAGCAGGGUAAAUGUAUUAAUCAAAGAUUAACAGAAUGUCUGAACACAGGGUUAAACAAUGGACAAUGCACAGGACCAUUUGCAACAGAAAGAGAAAGAGAGGUAGAACUGAUAGUGCCUUUAUUACAACUAUUUUUGUUGUUUGUUUGGGUUUUGUUUUUUUGGUAUGCAAUUUCCAGUGAUUUUACAAUCAUGUUUCCUCUUGUUUUGUGUAUUCUUAUGAACCACAGUUUCUAUUUCUGUUUUUUCAUACUCAUCACAUUAACAGCCUAAACAUAAAUACUCAAC